UUCCUCGUUUUGCUAGUGCCAUUCACACCGUGAAGAAGAAAUUCUUUUUCGUAUACUCUUUUGCCUUUCAUUUGCUCAUGCUCCUCUUUAACAUUCACUAAAUGAUUGAUUUAUAUAAUCAGUGACGAAAUAUAUAUUCAACAGAAUGUUUUAAUACAUUUAUUGACAUCUGAAAGUGUAGAUGUUUUAAUACAUUUAUUGACAUCUGAAAGUGUAGAUUGUAGAUCUGCUAUAUCUUGUUCUUACCCAUUCACUGAAUUCAAUCGGAUUUAAAAAUUGAGAAAAAUAUGGAAUCGUCGUCAUCAUCAUUAUCAUCGCCUCCGGAAUUCGAUUACUUGUUUAAGCUGUUGUUGAUUGGAGAUUCUGGUGUCGGGAAAAGUAGCCUUUUGCUCAGUUUCACUUCAGAUACUUUCGAGGAUCUCUCUCCUACCAUAGGAGUAGAUUUUAAAGUAAAGCAUGUUGCUGUUGGAGGGAAAAAAUUGAAACUCGCAAUUUGGGAUACAGCUGGACAGGAAAGAUUCAGGACUUUGACCAGUUCUUACUACAGAGGAGCUCAAGGAAUCAUAUUGGUUUAUGAUGUGACACGGCGAGAAACAUUCACCAAUCUUUCUGAUAUAUGGGCUAAAGAAAUUGAUCUCUACUCAACAAAUCAAGAUUGUAUCAAGAUGCUUGUAGGCAAUAAAGUUGAUAAGGAUAGUGAACGAACUGUUAGCAAAAAAGAGGGAAUGAACUUUGCAAGGGAGUAUGGGUGCCUCUUCAUUGAAUGCAGUGCCAAAACUCGGGACAAUGUGGAGCAAUGUUUCGAGGAACUCGUUUUGAAGAUUUUGGAAUCACCGAGUCUCUUGGCUGAAGGCUCCAGCGGCGUCAAGAAGAACAUCUUCAAACAGAAACCUCUGGAAUCUGAUGCAUCCACCAGCAGUUGUUGCUAAAUUUUCUUUCCUUUGCUCUCUUUACCUGUCAAUGAAAUUUCUAGUAUAUUGUUUCGUGUUUGAUCAAAGAAGCUUGUGUAAUUGAUCUUUAUGUAAUGGCCUUAAUCGUGGCAUAUUGUUUGUUUUCUCCAUUUCUUUUAUUAUACACCGCAAUGUUUACAUUAAUUAGGACAUUUUAUCCAAUUUCAAUGGUAUUGUAAUUUGUUUUUGUGGCUAUACUUAGAACUGAAAAGAUUAAAAUGGUAUGUAGAAUUAGAUAUGACUCAACAUUGUAAUAGUCACAUUUUUAGUUUGGUUUAACAAGUUAUGAAGGUAUUUUUA